GACCAAUAUAAGGCGGGGAGGAAGGGAUCUCUGAGCCAUGGCUUUCCCUGAACCAAAGCCGCGGGCCCCGGAACUGCCACAGAAACGGUUAAAGACGCUGGACUGCGGACAAAGGGCAGUGCGAGCCGUGCGAUUUAAUGUGGAUGGCAAUUACUGCCUGACGUGCGGCAGCGACAAGACCCUCAAGUUGUGGAAUCCGUUUCGGGGGACUCUGCUACGGACGUACAGCGGCCACGGCUACGAGGUGCUGGACGCGGCCGGCUCCUUUGACAACAGCAGUCUCUGCUCCGGCGGCGGAGAUAAGGCGGUGGUGCUGUGGGAUGUGGCAUCGGGGCAGGUUGUGCGCAAAUUCCGGGGCCACGCGGGGAAGGUAAACACAGUGCAGUUUAAUGAAGAGGCCACAGUCAUCCUGUCCGGAUCUAUCGAUUCCAGCAUCCGCUGCUGGGACUGCCGCUCGCGGAGGCCCGAGCCAGUGCAGACGCUAGAGGAGGCCAGGGAUGGUAUAUCCAGCGUGAAGGUGUCAGACCAUGAGGUCCUGGCAGGCUCCGUGGAUGGCCGCGUGAGGCGCUAUGACCUGAGGAUGGGGCAGCUCUUCUCCGACUACGUGGGCAGCCCCAUUACCUGCACCUGCUUCAGCCGGGACGGGCAGUGCACCCUGGUGUCCAGCCUGGACUCCACACUGCGCCUUCUAGACAAAGACACGGGGGAGCUGCUGGGCGAGUACACAGGCCAUAAGAACCAGGAAUACAAGCUAGACUGCUGCCUGAGCGAGCGUGACACACACGUGGUCAGCUGCUCUGAGGACGGGAAGGUGUUCUUCUGGGACCUGGUGGAGGGUACCCUGGCACUGGCCCUUCCUGUGGGUCCCAGUGUGGUGCAGUCGCUGGCCUACCACCCCACAGAGCCCUGCCUGCUGACUGCCAUGGGGGGCAGCAUCCAGUGCUGGAGGGAAGAGGCCUACGAGGNCGAGACCAUUUAUUCUAAAGACGCUGCUGACCAAGGAGUGGGAAAGGGGCUGGGUCUGCAAACUAAUAAAUAG